UAGUCUUAUUAACUGAAAUAAUUUAAUUUAGUUUGAUAGCUUCAGAACGUAACGAAGAAUACAUUUAUUAAUUUACAUUUACGUUUAAACAGGGAGGUUUGUCCGAGAAGCUUUGGCUUUGUAGAGUCGGUGACCCGGAAAUGUAACCGACAUGACCCAUGAACUUGGUGUAUACGGUAAUGUGUAGUUCACGUUUGCAUGGAAAGGCAUUGUUGCAGCAAUUUUUUUAAAACUAUAAGCGGCGUUUAAUGGAAAUGAGAGGUUAAAAGUAAUCGCAUAACACAAAUGAAUCUAUGUCUAUUUGGAAGUGAGAAGAAGAAACAAUCGCUCGCUAAGAAGCUCACAGUCUCAUUGGGGGAUAAUCGCUUUCAGUAGUUCAGUAAAGCAGAAAUGGAGUCCCAGCAGGAAGUGAACCCUGUUUUCCUGCAGCAGCUCAGAGAGUUGGACAUUCCUGAGGAGGCAGCCAAGCAGGCACUCUUACACACACAGAAUGUGUCUGCAGAGGAGGCUGCAAUGUAUUACUUCAACAAACUGGAGAACGAGGAAGAGGGUGAUGAGGACCUGAUGUUCAAAAUGGUUUUUGUUGUAAAUAUGGAGCUGUCCAUGGGUGUUGGAAAGGUGGCGGCGCAGGUGGGUCAUGCAGCAGUGGGUUUGUAUCAGGCCUUGCAGGAGAAAAACAGCUGGAGGGAAAUGGCCUGGAGAUGGGACCAUGCUGGAUCUAAGAAGAUUGUGUUACAAGGCACUAACAUGGCACACCUGUUGGAAUUGCAGGCUCUUGCUAUGAGCCUCAGUCUUCCUACAAAGCUAGUACAGGAUGCUGGACACACACAGGUGGAGCCAGGUUCAUGCACUGUGCUUGCCAUCAUAGGAGAAGAGGAGAUGGUGAAUAACGUCACAGGCAGUCUGAAACUGCUGUAAUGCUGAGGAAAAACUCUUCAAGUGUAGAUGUGUGAUGUACCACAGAAAGAACAGGGGUCAGCGUUUCCCCACAGUAGCAUGGUUCUCAAGAUAAAGGUGCACUCAGUAAUUUUUUGUUUAUGUUGUGAUGACUUAUACUGACAGCUAGCGACGUGAAUGCAUCUUCACGCAAAAGCAAAUGUUUUCUGUUACUUAUACCUAGGGGUGGGCGAUAUACCGAUAUACCGCUAUUUCGCUAUUAUAUUGUCAACCAGUAUAACUAUUUGAGUAUUGUUUCUAUUGUGGUUAUGCCAAUGUUUCCUUCAGUGCUGAAUCUCCAGCACUACGAUAAAAGAAACUAUGUUUUACCCCAAGUAUGAAUGUGAGUUUGCAAUUUGAAUUGAAUGUGAUGUGAAAAGGAAGUGAACUGCAAAAUGAUAUUGAGUUGUCAUUGCGAGCUGCACACAAAAACAAACAUACAAUGAGGUAUAGUCAGAUUCACAAACAAAUGACUCACUCAACAAAACUCACAUAUUUAAUAGUUACCAUUUUGUAUGUUUGUAACAUUUCCAUGCAUUUAAGAUUGUCUCUUAUACAUUUACAUGACCAUGUAAGCCACGAUCUGUGGGAGAAACCCAGGCAUGUUUAAACAACUUUCACAUAAUCUGUUAUGAGAAGCGAUCACACAGAUUCAUUUACUUCAGAAAUUGAGUUGGAAAGUUAAAACUAAAUUACGUUGGGUAAUUGUAUUUAGUCAGUAUUGCCAUGGAAGGUUAUCCAAAAUGUGAAAUGGAGAAGAGGCUUCAAAACAAAAGAAAGUGUCAUCAUACUCAUUGCUUGCAGUGAAAACAGUAUUUUUAAUUACCUUUCAUUGAAAUAUUGUUCAAAUUAAAAAUCUAAAUUCAUCAAAUUUGUGAUAGCUCUAACAUUAAUUGGAUUCAUAAGGACUCUUGUUUUCUGUAGUUUUUGAGGUUAGACUUUAUUUCAAUAGUUCACUUUAGACAUUCUACUAACUCUAAGUAACUUUGCAACUACAUGUCAACUAACUCUAAUUAGAGUAUUAGUGGACUGUUAGGGUAGUAGAAUAAGUUGACAUGUACUUGCAUGCAUAUAUAUUUGGUCUAGAUAUCGUUACAUUUUUGUUUGUAUCGCCCACCCCAUCAAUACCUUUGUGGAAAUAUACACAUUAAGCAAAAGGGAGGUUGAUUACUGAGAUUAAAUGAGUAGUAUUCGACUGCUAAUGCGAAUCAACAUGAGGUCACCCACUCUAUGUAAAAUAAAACGGCUUUUAUUAAGCCACUGAAAUCAUUGUAGUCUUAAUCUUAUGUGAGUGUAUGUGAUUUGAAACAUAUUUUCAAUAUUACAAUUAAUUUAUUUUGUAUAACUUUUUAAUGAAGGAAGAAAUUACUGAGUGAACCUGUGGGGAAAAAAAUUAAAAACCUACCUACAUAGUUUAACAACAACAACAGACAUGUUCAAAUUAUUGCAUUUUUACAGCUUUUAAAUUAUGCGAGAAGACAACUAAUUGAUAUUAUCAACAGGUCCCUGAAUUUCUAUAGAGCUAAAAAAGUUCUCAAAGAGGAGAGUUGUCAAUUAAAUAGCAGUGUAUAAAAAUAUGUACAAUGAAUUAUAAUCACAUGUAAAAGUUAUACUUAAUGUGCCUGUAGAACCCAAUGUUUUGAUGCUUGUGAAAUCAAAUAGCCAUUGUAAAAGUAUAAUGUAUAACAUGUUUCUUCUUUUUUAUCGUGUGAAUGUUAUUUUUUAUUGUUUACAAUUAAACGUACCCAAUUCCUUUUGUGAUGAUAAAAUCUGCCUGAGUGUAGCUAUUUAUGUAAAUAUGUUGGCUUGACAAAGCCUAAAUACUGAUACAGUAUUUAUAUAAACGCUAUUACUAUUAUAUAACAUACUAUUUAAACUCAUUAGCAACCAAGCACCAAUUCCUCUCAAUCCUCAAUCACAGGUUUUGUCUAGUCUUUGCAGAAAUUACAUGCUAAAUGUCAAUUUCCAUAUUUCUCUCUCUCUUUCUUUGUAGUUUCCCCUAUUAGGUGGAAUUUGACAAUUUGGUGUGUAUCCUCAGAAUGUCUUUUUGUUAUCAGGACAUAAUAAAAAUCAUCUAGUGCUUGGCAGGUCUUAAAAUUUGAAAAAUAAAACCUCAGAUGAACAACA